AUGAAUGAAGAAAAUCAAGGAAACGAAGCAAACAAGGGCGUCCUUCCAGAAACCAUUGAUCAUGGCAAGAGACAGAUGAAGGAGGAAGAAGAGGCCCCGAAUUCCAAAGAGCAAUCUCUCAACCGCUCUUGUACUUCUACGAGCAAAGCUGGACCAUCUAGAUAUGCGGGAUCCAGUAUGAUUCGGACCAGAAUAAAGGAGAUUCGAGUGGAUAAGGUUGGUUAUAUCACUGGAACGAGAGCCCAAUGCAUUCGCGAAAUACAAUCCCUUUCUAAAGCUUCGAUUCAGAUUAUAGAUCUGCCACCCUUAGGACUUGCGAUAAUAAGAGGAACACAAGAUCAGAUUGAGGACGCCCAGCAAAGGAUUGAUGACCUGCUCGCUCAGUGCCCAGACCAUUCAGGUGUGCAUCCAGACUUACUGCCUGAUGCUAGCAGUUCUACCCCAGCAAGCCAAUCGGGCAUGCGUCCAGAACCAGCUGCUCAGUACCAGCCAAACCCAAUAGCCGUGCGUCCACCAAUUGGACCAGCCGGAUCUUCUUCUCAACUCCCUUUAGAAGCUGGUUUGUAUGCUGCCCAUUACCAGGAGCCAAACCUACCAGCCAUGAAUUCAGCACUUGGGCCAGGAUCUUUUUUCAUACGCCCUUUAGAAGCCGGUUGCUAUGAUAUCCAGACAGCUGCUCUGUACCAGCUAAACCCACUAGCCAUGCAUCCACCACUUGGGCCAGCUGGAUCUUCUUCUCAACACCCUUUAGAAGCCAGUUUGUAUUAUAUCCGGACAGCUGCCCAGUACCAGCAGCCAAACCCACCAGCUAUGAUUCCAGCACAUGAGCCAGGAUCUUCUUUUCUACUCCCUUUAAAAACCGGUUUCUAUCAUAUCCAACCAGCUGCUCAAUACCAGCCAAACCCACCAGCCAUGCAUCCACCACCUUUGCCAGGAUCUAAAUCUGUUAUCUCUGCUGUGCCUGAAGUUGGUGCUUCAUCCCCCCAUCCAGAAAACCCAUCAGCCAUGCUUGCAACUCCUAUUCCUUAUCCAAGCUACCACAACUAUGUUCGCCCUCCAAACAAUACUAUUGGUAACCAUCCUUCCCAUUUGAACACUCAAUAUCAGACAAGCCCAUGGGGCAAACCUCCUGCACCCUGGCCGGAAAUUUAUUAUGCACCACCACCACCACCACCAUUACUUUAUAACCAUCCUUUCCAAUCACAAGCUGGCUUACUUCCUACACCUCAGCUGGAAACUUACUAUGCACCACCACCGUUGUUUGAUAGCAAUCCUAUCGAAUCACAAGCUGGCUUGAUUCCUUCACCCCAGCUGGAAACUUACUAUGCACCGCCACCAUCACUUGAUACCAAUCCUACUCAAUAUCAAGCUAAGGAUCCGGAAGACUCAUCAGCCAUGCAUCCGCAAGCCUCAGAAAGCACAGAAAAUUACUGA